AUGACCGAAAAGAAGAGCUUCGAGCCAAAGCAACCCGUCAAGCUUGAUCCUCCCAAGUACGACCCGAUUAGCGUCGAGGAACUGUCCAAGUGCGAUGGCACCGACCCAAAUCGCCCCAUCUACGUCGCUAUCAAGGGGAUCAUCUUCGACGUAUCCAGGAACAGUGCAUAUCAUGUCAAUGGUUCAUAUCAUGUAUUCACCGGCAAGGAUUCUUCGAGGGCUCUUGCACUCUCAUCUCUGAAGCCGGAGGAUUGCAGACCGGAUUGGUACGAUUUGGACGAGAAGGAUAAGGGCGUGUUGGAGGAUUGGUUUACGUAUUUCAGUAAACGGUACAAUAUUGUUGGGAAGGUGGAGAAUGCGACGAAUUUGUGA